AAAAUGGUAACACCAUUUACGGCGGUUGACUGACUCUGCUUGCUUGCCGCCUCCGCGUUUUUUGGGGAUUUUCGCGCCUCACUUGCUUAUUUUUAUGUUUAAUAUUUAUUAACAUUCCAAUAUGGGUGCAUAUUUAUCUGAACCUGUUACUGAAAAAGUGUCAAGCGACGAGUCAAAUGAAAAAUUGGAGUGCGGCGCUAGUUCUAUGCAAGGAUGGCGUGUCAAUCAAGAGGAUGCACAUAACACUAUUUUGGACUUCGAUGAACAUACAUCACUAUUCGCCGUCUACGACGGACAUGGAGGCGCCGAAGUAGCCACAUAUUGCUCUCAAAAUUUGCCGAAUUUUAUCAAAAACACUGAAGCAUACAAGAGCGGUCUAUUAGUAAAGGCUCUAGAGGAAGCAUUCCUGGGAUUUGAUGAAACCAUUGCGACAAAAGAGGUUAUGGACAUACUCAAAGAACUAGCAGGUGAAAUAAAUCCUCCAGGACCAAGUGACAAUGAGGAGUCAGAUGAUGAAAAUGUCAGUAAUCUAUAUCAAGAGGCACAUCUUCCAUUGCAGGAAGUGCUAGCGAAAUAUGAGAACAAGCUAAGCACUUUGCAUCGUGCCCGACUCGGUGACACUGCUACCCCACUGUCCCCAUGUCUGAGGGCAAAGAAGAACUCGGAGGCUGGAGGCUCAGGUGCUGGUUCAUCAAGUUCAGGGUCGUCCUCCGUAGCAACUGGCUCCAGCUCACUGUCUCCCGGUGGUGCCUCUUCAAGCAAGAAUGGCGAAGAGGCCAAGCAGGGCAAUGCUGAGGAAGACACAGGUGGUGUAUCGUCUACCAAUUCUAAUGAGGAAGACAAGGAUUUAAAUGGAGAGGUUUCAACAAGUGAACCGGGAGACAAAGCAAAGGAAUCCAUGGAAGUUAACAAGCCGCUGUCGACGGCUCCUGAUAGUUCCGGAGACAACUGUCAUCAACCUGAACAGAGCAACAAUGCAAACAAGACUCCAAUUGCUGGGAAUGGCGAUGGGUGCAAUGGAGAAGUUACGGACUCAAAGCAGGCAGAUGGAGAAGAUAAUAAUAUCUCUUCGUCUAAUGGUUCUGCUACUCCAGUGAAAAGCGGCAAAGAUAAAGUAUCUCCAGUGUCAAGCUCAGACAAGCCAGCGCCGGAGCGGCCGAAGAAGUCCAAAUUGCGUCGCGCGGCCGCCGCUGUGUACGAGUCUCUGCUGCGGCAGGCCACGGUGGAGGACGACGAGGAGAGCGACUCCAAUGACGAGACAUUCGAGGGAGGAGAAAUCAAUUCUUCAGAUGAAGAGAAUGUCAACGGCGUUGAAGACUCUUCUAACGACGGUGAAGAAGAAGAGGAAGAGGAGGAGGAAGAAGCUGAGAAUGAUUCCAGUGAUGAGGACGGUGAUGAGGACAUCAGCAUGACGGAAGAGCCGGGGAAUGACAGCGGCUGCACGGCUGUCGUCGCUCUGCUCAAGGGGAACGAACUAUUUGUGGCCAACGCUGGCGAUUCCCGAUGCAUAGUCUGUAGAGAAGGCAAAGCUAUUGACAUGUCAAUAGACCACAAACCAGAGGACGCGCCUGAACUGGAACGGAUCACGAAAGCCGGCGGGAAAGUCUCCAACGAUGGACGCAUCAACGGCGGGCUAAACCUAUCGCGGGCUAUUGGCGACCACUCGUACAAACAAAACAAAGACCUCGGCGCCAAGGAACAGAUGAUAACAGCCCUACCCGACGUCAAAACCCUGACAAUAAACCCCGAAAAGGAUCAGUUUAUGGUGCUGGCCUGUGAUGGUAUAUGGAACUUCAUGUCUAGUCAAGAUGUCUGCGACUUUGUUCUGCCCAGAUUGAUAGAGGGUAGGGAGAGGCUGUCCCAGAUCUGUGAAGAGAUGUUUGAUCAUUGCUUGGCUCCAAGUACGAUGGGCGACGGCACUGGCUGUGACAACAUGACGGCUAUCAUAGUAAGGUUCAAAAAUGGCGUCAUAAGUGAAGUGGCCAAGCAUUCAAACACCGCUGAGGGAACAAAGAAGCGAGCUGCCGAAGAAGAGCCCAGCGACGACCAGCAGGACACUAAGAGGCAAAAGGUUGAUGACCCCUUAUCUAGUUCAGUAGUAACGUCGAGUGUUUAAACCUGACCUAGGUUAAGGACAAGCAGUGUUCAAGCCACUCAUAGUAUUGUGAGAUGUUUUGGUGGGUGUCAUUGUUAUGACUAAGCGGGACGUCAUUUUCAUUGAGGGUUUGUUAUAAUUUCUUAUGAACUGAAGUGUCCAUUUAAUUCCAAGUUUGAUGUCGCAACUCUGUGCUAUAUAACUUAUUCCAGUAAGUCUUUAUUUUUGGUUCGUUCAGGGCGUGUACUCACUAACUCGCAGCAUAAAGUUCUGUCUAGCUCAUUGUGAUUUUAGAUUGAUCACUAAUGAGAAAAGUGGAUAACGCAACUCUGUUCAGCAGCAACGCACCACAUGUUGCUCGUUAACUAGUGAGUACACACCUUUAGAUAACAUAUUUAUUAUUGACAUUAUUUGUUUGAGUGCAGGGUUUAGGUACGAAAAUGGCAUUGUAACUGCGCGUGGCGUCAUUUACAGAAAUCUCUUCUCUUUUUAUAGAAGUAUCAAAGUAAUAUACUGCAUGCAUAUAGCUUCGAGUACAUAGAAAGUUCAGGGCUAUGAGAAAUACAAUUGAUAUUUAUGGUGCAUCUCACCUGAUUUCUUAUAAGCUUUGCAUAAACAUAAACACAAUAUCUUAGGGCAUUUAAUCAACUACUAAAACAUGUUAAAUAAGUUUAUACAAAAUUUUAUUUUUGUUCGUAAUAUCUUUUGUUUUUGCAGUGGGUCUAUAUUUUCAGCAUUGAAAAAGCAUUUUUGGUUCUAUAGAAGGGGCCUUGUCAUAACAAGGUAUUUAUUGAUAAUAUAGGUAUUUAAAGUAGACUGUAUUACUGCUUUAGUAUGCAGCUUAAAGGUGAGGAUGGCGUGAUUUGAUAAAAUUGAGAACUGAAGUUUUAGUAUGUAAGCUGUAGUAAGUGUAAGAAAUUCGAUUCCGAAAUUUUUUGACAGAUAGUUUUUAUACUACAGAUACAAGAAUCUUUUGGCAUUUGGAUGACAUAAAGAGAAGGCGUAGUUUUUAUGUCUGUGAAAAAAAUUACCUUUUAAUAAGUUUUUCAACUUGUAGUUUCGAGUUUUUCCACGCGCCAGAAGAUUCUCGUCAAACUGUUCUUUAACUUUACAUCAACGCGGUGUCUGUAUGUCAAGCGCUUGCCUAAGUAAAAUUAGAUUUGUAAUUGUCUAAAAAUAAGAAUGAGAAAAAUGUGCCAUUGUAUCAAUGAUUAAUUUGGCUAUCUAUAUUAUAUAUACAGGUGUUAGGGUAACAAUCCUAGAAAUCAGAUAUUCAGUAUCAUGGAUAGAAUCCAAAAUCGAUGUAAAAAAUACAUUCGUUUUCCCUAAAACCGAAAAAUAAUUAAAGACAAAUCAAAACAUGUUAUUCGUGCCCCGCUCACGGUACGACAAAUGUAUGCGUAGAUUUAAAAAAACAAUUUCAAAUAAUUGAUUUGAAUGACAAACGAAUAAUAAUUUUAUAUGCAUAAAUGAUAUUUCUUGUAUCAUCAUAUUUUAGGGUUCAAAUUCGUAGGUCACGAUUCUUUUUACCCUACCACUCUGUAUACAAUGUACUAAAUACUAAUCGACUAUUUGUCGAAACAGUUACUUGAAUGUACCUACACUAUUUUUUUCUUCAGAUUAUUAGGUAAUUAUGUUUGCGGCAAGUAUUAUCGAUAUUUACAAUCGUAAAAUAGGCACACGCGAUAUUUGACCGUGCGGAUGCCCUAAUGAAAAGCGUUGCCAUUUGUUAUUAUUGAACAUAAAACUUUUUUUAUUAUUAUUUUUGACGAGAAGGAAAAUUAAGUUGUGCUGAAAUCGCAAAUUGAACGUACUUAUUUUGUUAUUGGAUUAUGGAAAUAGACUGUGACAUUGUUUAGAAUUAAUAAAUAUCAUUUAAUAAAAUGACAUUGGCAUGUUCCUAAAAUUGUUAUGCUAAAAUAAAAACAAUGGAAUCCAGGAAUGAAUGUAUAUUUCAAUUAUUUAUCUGUGUUAAUCUGUAGUAAUAAGUAGUAUAUUUUUAUAAACACAAGUAUUGUAAACUUAUUACUUUAUUCAAUUUGAAGUUAGUUUCCGAAAACAUGAACUACAUAUAGUAAUUCAGGCAACUCUAUUGAUUUUUUUAAAUAAGGACCUAAUUCCCUUUUCAAUGUGUGUUUCGAUGAAAAUAACAUUUCUACGGACUGAA